AUGAAGUCGGCCAAGGCUCCCGUCGUGGAAGCGCCGUCGCACCGGAGGUCGCAGCCUGUCCGCCAGACGCGCACAAACCCUCCCCGAAGCUCAGCGACCGCUGCUCGCUCCGGCACCAGAGACUCGCUGGGCGGCCCAGUUGGGGACCAGCCCAUUGACAUCUUCCCUGCCAUUACUCACUUUGCCGAUACUAUUACCGCCCUCCCCAAAGAGCUCGUCCGACACUUUACUCUGCUCAAGGAGGUCGACGCCAAGAUCUUCGCUCCUCAGGAGCAGCUUUUCAAGCUCGUCGCCUCCGCGAGGACUUUCGCUGUUCCCGAAGCGCUAGCGAGCAAUGACGCCGCCAGCACGACGGCGCUGAGCUCUGCACCCGCGAACGCCCAGACAAGCUCCAACGGGAUUGCGUUCAAGCAGCACAAUCAGCCCGUGAUUUCGACCGAAGAUACCAACGGCGGCGUGUUCGACCCCUCGAACCUCCAUCGCCGCCAGCUGUUCCGCCAGACCGCGAUCAAAAUACAAGAAAUGCUCGUGUCGCUGGAGGAGAAGAAUCAUGUCAUUUCCACAGCGAACGAGGCGUUGCAAAGACAACUGGCUCGCGCGGAGGAUGUAUGGCCAUAUCUAGAAAACGAAUUCAGCGACGAAGCGAAAUGGGGAAGCACCACACACUGGGCCUACCCCGAAAACCGCAAUGGCAAGAAUUCGGCAGCUGAAAGAUCCCGGCGUGAUGGCGCGGCGGCGAUCUCGGCAGCUGCACAGGCCCUAGCGGAACAGGCCGCCGCUCGAAGCGACGCCAGAAAGCAGGCUGUCCAAGCCAAGAAGAGCCAAAAGGUGCAUGCCCUUGACUCUGAGGCGGAUGAUCAUGAUAGCCGGAACAAGGAUGGCAGCAACAAGAAGACUAGCUCUAGCAAAGUUCGAAAGACGGCCGAUAGCAACAACAUAGGUUUGGGUAUCUCUACUGGAGCAUCUUCCAACAACAAUCCUCCCCAGAAGAGGCGCAAAAAAGCUGUUGCCAGUGGUGGAGAGGCACCCCAGAUGGAGCGUGCCAUGAGCCUCGUCUUUGGAAACAACUCAUCCAAAACGAAGCCCACCACUAGCCCUCGAGAGACUCCGGCUCCAGAGGUGCCGAAGAAACGCAAGGCUCUGCCCACGAGCAGCGGCCAAUCCAAGAAGAAGAAUGCUCUAUCGGCUACCAUGUCGCCGUCAGCUGCGUCGUCUCCUGUCCUAGGAGUUCUACCAGAGACAAAGGUGCCAACAAGCCGCCCGUCACCGGCGCCGGCACCGGCACCCACGCCCGCCCCUCGUCCGACAACGUCCCGCGCACGACAGAAUUCUAUACAGUCAAACUCAGAAGCCAGCAAGGCCAGGCCUCCUUCGUCGGCGGCGAAGAAGACAAAUGGGAAUAUUCCCAGCACGCCGGAAAUCACUCCGGCCGCAAACUGGUCACGCCCUGGCCAUGACUCUGAACCCAGCAAGGAACCCGCGGUGACAGUCAAGACUGAGCCGUCGCCAAAGGAGCCAGAGCAAGUAGAGGAUAAGCCUGCGGCGACCCCCAUCCCUCCUGCUAUUACCACCACCACCUCCUCCAGUCGCAGGAAUAGUAGAGUGGACGAGACGGACCGCAAGAGCGAGCCUACUCAGUCUACACCGCAAAGCACGGGUAUGGUCACGACCAAGAGCGGAAGAGCAAGCAAGCCGUCCACCCCGGCUCUACCCAGUUUCCAAGACGCGGCGGCCGCCAGGCCGAGGACAACGCGCAAUGCUGAGCCAACUGGCAAUGGCAAAAAGUCUCAGCAGAAGAAGGGCGUUGCAGGAGCACAGGCUCUGGCUCAGCUCGUGGAUGAGGACGGAAACAGCAGCAUGCAGGGCGACGAUGGUGACGAAGAUGCCGAUGUCGACGCAGACGAACAGACAUAUUGUUAUUGCAAUAGUAUUAGUUAUGGCGCCAUGGUGGCAUGCGAUUCAGACGACUGUGCUAGGGAAUGGUUUCAUUUGGCUUGUGUGGGCCUAAAGGUUGCGCCAAGUUCGAAAACCAAAUGGUACUGCCCAGACUGCAAGGAACGUCUCAAGAUGGGUAGCAAGAAGAAUGGUAGCCGAUAG